ACAAAUUGAUACAGAAGUGUGUCAAAGUGUGUUUGCAUAAUGGUGUUCUGUUAUAAAACAAUAACAGAGUCCCCGCGACGCUCGCCGAGGAAGAAGAAAACAACCACUAGUCGCACUAAUAAAAUAUCAGAAAUACUCGGCCUCGACUCCAGUACGGACUUGGCUUCCGUCCCUGAACGGGAAUGGCGUCUCCUGGCUGCCCUCGCUAAGAAGAGGAAAGAUGAAGACGAUAGAGAGAGACUGGCCGACCAGUUCCAUAAGAUGUGGCUGCAGGAGAAAGAGGGACGGGAGAUGAUGGAAGCCCAAACCUCCCUGCAAUACAAGCGUUUCAUCAACCGCAAGCGGGAAGAUGAGCGCGUAUGGCACGAACACAGACGGAUGCUGAAGAAUCUCGAGCAGCAUAUGCAGAAAGACCAGCUGCUGAACACCAUCAGAUGGAAGGAGCGGAAGGCCGAGGAGCUGCUGGCUUGGACGGAAGAUAAAAAGGCAUCCGAUCUAGUCAACAGGGUUAUAGAAGACGAAAUGCGCUCAUUUCUCGCAGCAGAGAGACGCUCACGCCAAGAGUCAGCCGAUGAGUGGAGAAGGCUGGUCGAAGUGGAGGAGACUAAGAGGAGAGCUGAUGAUGCGGAUAAGAGAAGGAACGAGAUUCUUCGAGACUCGUCUAGGCGUAUAGCUAUAAACAGCGCCCUAAACACCUGGGAGACGUCAUUAACCCGCGAAGAGUUAGCCGCGGCGGACGCGGCCCGGCGCGCGCAGUACGCGCGGCUGGCGACGCUGGCGGCCGCGCGCGGCGAGCGCGUCACGCGCGCCCGGGACCUGACGCGGCGCCGCGCCCGGGCGGUCGCCGCGCGCUGCGAGCUGUGGAGGGACGCGGUGAGGCGGGGGAGUUAUUAGGCGACCGACAGAAAU